GGGUUGUUUUUUUCUUCUUCUUUUGGGAGCAAUGGCCCGCACGAAGCAGACUGCUCGCAAGUCCACUGGCGGGAAGGCGCCUCGCAAGCAGCUGGCGACCAAAGCCGCCCGGAAGAGCGCCCCGGCCACCGGCGGAGUGAAGAAGCCUCACCGCUACCGGCCGGGCACGGUGGCGCUGCGCGAGAUCCGCCGCUACCAGAAGUCGACGGAGCUGCUGAUCCGUAAGUUGCCUUUCCAGCGCCUGGUGCGCGAGAUCGCGCAGGACUUCAAGACGGACCUGCGCUUCCAGAGCUCGGCCGUGAUGGCUCUGCAGGAGGCGAGCGAGGCUUACCUGGUGGGCCUGUUCGAGGACACCAACCUGUGCGCCAUCCACGCCAAGCGCAUGUCAGGACGUGGGAAGGGCGGCAAGGGGUUGGGGAAAGGAGGCGCCAAGAGGCACCGCAAAGUGCUCCGCGACAACAUCCAGGGCAUCACCAAGCCCGCCAUCCGCCGCCUCGCUCGCCGCGGAGGAGUCAAGCGCAUCUCCGGGCUCAUUUACGAGGAGACCCGCGGCGUCCUCAAGGUCUUCCUCGAGAACGUCAUCCGCGACGCCGUCACCUACACCGAGCACGCCAAGAGGAAGACUGUCACCGCCAUGGACGUGGUGUACGCUCUCAAGCGCCAGGGCCGCACUCUGUACGGCUUCGGCGGCUAACGGGGCCUCGGCUUCCAUAGCCAAAAACAA